GCACCCCAAUAGCAGAACUACCACAUAAGUGGUGGAGACUCACCUUGACUACUCGCGCUUGGGUCCUCGGACUUUCCACUGCCAAUUGUUUUUACACAGGAUCCCUGACCAAGACUCUCUGCUCUGGUACUGUACUAGCCACUGCCAGGGGACGGCGUCGUCUGUUAAGCAUGACUGGUACGCCACGCCUUUAGCCCAUGCAUUCAGAACCUACGAACUUCCCUCCCGGUAAAUGACCCUGGCACUGCGGGUUUCAGGAUUUCUCAAGUCGUGCUGAUAUACCGACACAUGGCAACGGAGGUUUUCUUUUUUUUUCCUUUCGAAGCGAUGCCCAGCCCACGGGCUCGGCUGCAGGACUAAGAUAUAGAGACGAGGGCCCCAUUGACGGGCGAUGUGAUGAGAAUGCCUCUCGUUUUGCACUGCUUCCCGCCGACUUUGGGGAGCCUCGCCAGCCCUAAGUGAUGGGAGCCAACCCGUCCAUUAAGGGUACCUUUAGACCCGAAGCCAUCAAGGGCACGGGUAUUGCCCUAGUUGUUGUCACUACGCUCGUGGUGCUUGCGCGCUUUGCUGGUUCCAUCCGUCGACUAAAGGACAUCAAGCCGGAAGACUGUCUCCUCCUCGUUGCUUACCUUUUCUUUCUGGCACUCAGUAUCCUCUAUAUCUACAUUGCCCCUACUAUCUUCCGACUUGCGUCCCUCGAAGCUGGAUUAAUUCCAUAUUAUUCAACAGUUCCUGAGGACUCUGUACAAUUGCAGAUUGUUUUUUUCGUCACAACUUCCUUGUUAUGGAUCUGUCUGUGGAUGGUUAAGUUCUCACUUUUGUCAAUGUACAAGCGACUCUUGGUUGGAAAAACGUACAUUGCAGUGUGGUGGAUUAUAACCAUUUCCUGUGCUCUGGUUCUCAUUGGCUGUAUUCUCUCAUCUUGGUUUUCAUGUUCGAGCUUCCAUGCUUGGUUCACCGCGGGGGCCUGCAGUACACCGCGCGACAACCGUGCCGCCGUGAUCAGUCUCUAUUAUGCAUAUGCAGUAGACAUCAUAACAGACCUUGCAAUAAUGGCUCUGCCCAUACGCCUGAUCUGGCACUUGAGAAUGCAGUUGAAACAGAAGAUGAGCAUUGGCGGCCUCUUUUGUUUCGGUUGGAUCUGCAUUAUCGUUGCGACAAUUCGCGUCAUACAACUUGGGAGUGCUUCAAAUGAAUCUGCAAGUGGCAGACCAGCCCCAUCGUGGCUUGCUAUGUGGGGAAUAAUCGAGGCUUCAAUCGCUGUUAUGAUAGGCUGCUGCCCCGGCCUCUACCGUGUCGUAAAGUCCGUCAUAUCCCCCUCCAAAGCCUCAUACGAAUACAACUCAUACAAUGCACGCGGGCGUGGUCUGAGUGGCCUACCAUCUCACAGAUCAGGUGGUCUGAAUAUCGCAUUGUCAAAUAUAUCGGGCAAAGACGGGGUAUUUCAGUCGGCCAGUGCCUACCGGUCUUCGAGUCCUUCGAGUAGUCAGGAGCAACUGGCACAUGCCAACGGUCGAGGUGUCAUCCUUGUUAACCAUGGAAUUGAGGUGACAAUUGGGGAGCGGACGCAUGAUUUUGACCGUAAUGAAUAUCGCACAUCAGAUCAUUCUUUAUAAUGAAGGUAUUAGAUUUCCAUCGGAUACAAUGGUCCUUGUAGCUGCUUAGAGUCUAGCUUGUGAAGGUAUGAAAGG